GCCGAGGGUUCCCUUGUCGGGAGUGGGAGGGCGUUUGCUUGGGCGCGUGCGCGGGGCCGGCAUGGCGGAGGCGCAGCCAGGCUCAGGUGUAUUAAACUUCAAUCCGGAUGCAGCUGAUUUCAUUCCCAGAGAGAGAGAGACUCCUGAUGUAAAUUGUAGAAGUCUGGGUAGAUUAGAAUCUAAUAGGAAUCAGAACAGAAAUGAUACUCUACCACUUCCUAGUCAGUCUUCUGAUAGAGGCACAGACUAUGAAAACUCUUCCACAAAGCAACACAGCUUUUAUAGUCCAGAAAGCCAGUACUGUAGCCAGCAAGAUUUUCUCCAGCUCGGUGGUACCAGUAAACCUCAUAAGAAUCAUAGUUUUCAAAGUCAGCGAUGGCAGAAAUCUAGAAGUGAUAGGACAUAUACUAGAAACCGGAUAAGGCAAUCAUCUACUGAUGGUACAAAAGACAUGACAGUUUUAGAUACCACAUUAGUACCAAGGUGGAGAGUCAGUCCUAAAGAAUACAAUGACUUUUGCUCUUCAGAGAGUGACAAGGAGGUAUCUAGUGCAGAUAAUAGAGGAGCAAAGCCAAAGAAAACACACUUGAUGCCUGCACCUGGAAGAGGUCUCAAAGAGAAGGGGAAGCAGUUACAUGAGCGGGAUAAGAGAGUGACAUCUAAACAGAAGGAUGAUAUGUUUAAAAACAUACAAUCUCUGGAUCUGACUCAGUCUGACUCUUCAGAAGCAUCUGUUGCCAAAGCAUUGUUUGAUGGAUAUGUUGGCAAUGGUGAUGAACAAAAAAGAUAUUCAUUUGCGAACAAGAAAUACCCCAGGAAGUCCAUGUGGAGUAAGCCCCAGUUUGGUAAAGAAAUCCAGAAAAAACAAGAUACUCACCGCAGUAAAAAUACAAAAGAAGUUAAAAAGCCUACUCUUAUUUACGUUCCAAAAGAUAAAAUUAGAGAGAGGAGCAAAGAAUCAGGCAUUCACAGCAAUGAUCAAAACUUGACCUGCAUAACACAAGCUCACCAAUUAAGGGAAUCAGUCAAAUAUGGGGGAAGACAGCUUCACCUACAGGUGGGACACACAACCUCCCUUCACUUCAAUUGGACUCAGUAUUGGAAAAAGCAGAGUGAUGUACCAAGGAACAAGGAAACUCAUACAGGUUCUCUGAUAGAGCAGCUGACCACAGAGAAAUAUGAGUGUAUGGUGUGCUGUGAGGUGAUCCGAACAAUAGCCCCGGUAUGGAGCUGUCAGAAUUGUUAUCAUGUGUUUCAUCUGAACUGCAUUAAGAAGUGGGCAAGAUCACCAGCAUCACAAGCCGAAGAUGGCAAUAGUGGCUGGAGAUGUCCUGCUUGUCAAAAUGCUUCAACACAAGUUCCUACUACUUACACCUGUUUUUGUGGUAAGGUAAACAACCCUGAAUGGAAUAGAAAUGAAAUUCCACAUAGCUGUGGAGAGCUUUGUAGAAAAAGAAGACCAGGUCAGGACUGUCCCCACUCUUGUAAUAUCCUCUGCCAUCCAGGUCCUUGCCCAUCAUGCCCUGCCUUUAUGACAAAAACAUGUGAAUGUGGGCGAACAAGUCAUUCAGUUCGCUGUGGCCAGUCCACCACAAUUCAUUGUUCUAAUGUAUGUGGGAAUACUUUAAAUUGUGGUAGGCAUAACUGUGCUCAGGUGUGCCAUGUGGGAAAAUGUCAUCCUUGCCAGCUUACAGUACAGCAAGUCUGCUACUGUGGGAGUACCUUUCGAGAUGUAUUGUGUGGAACAAAUGAAGAGUUUUCUGAUGGAUUUGGAAAGUUCUCCUGCCAGAAGACAUGUGACAAAAAAUUAAAUUGUGGAAGGCACAGCUGUAUGCAGAUAUGUCAUCCUGAGCCCUGCCAACUUUGCCCACGACUUCCCCAAGUAGUGCACUGCUGUCCUUGUGGGCAGACUCCUCUUAGCAGAUUACUAAAACUAGAAUGUAUUGAGCGUAAACUGUGCACGGAUCCCAUCCCAUCGUGUGGAAAAACAUGUGGCAAACCUCUACCUUGUGGUAGCCGUGAUUUCAUUCAUACAUGUGAAAAUCUUUGCCAUGAAGGAGAAUGUGGACCAUGCUCUCGUACAUCAAAUAUUUACUGUAGGUGUGCCUUCAAAACAAAGGAAGUCCCAUGUGCCCGCCUCAAAAAUAAAGCUGAUAUUACAUUUAUGUGUGACAAGCGAUGUAACAAGAAACGGUCAUGUGGACGACACAAGUGUAAUGAAAUUUGCUGUGUGGACAAAGAACAUAAGUGUCCCUUGGUUUGUGGACGCAAACUCAAUUGUAGCCUUCAUAGAUGUGAAGAACCUUGUCACCGUGGCAACUGUCAAACAUGCUGGCAGACAAGUUUUGAUGAACUAACUUGUUACUGUGGUGAGUCGGUAAUUUAUCCUCCUGUUCCUUGUGGUACUCAGCCACCAGAAUGUAAAAACUCAUGUACCAGACCACAUGAAUGUGAUCAUCCAGUGUACCAUACCUGCCAUAGUGAAGAGAAGUGCCCACCCUGUACAUACCUCACUCAAAAAUGGUGUAUGGGCAAACAUGAACUGCGGUACAAUAUUCCCUGUCAUCUCACUGACAUCUCUUGUGGUCUUCGCUGCAAUCAAAUGUUAAAAUGUGGAAUGCACAAAUGUAAAAGGAUUUGUCACAAAGGGGUGUGUCUCAUAGAUGAAGAGUGCAAACAGCCAUGUACUCAUCUGAGACUAUACUGUAAUCAUCCCUGUAUGGCUCCAUGCCAUCCAUCUUUACCCUGUCCUACAACUUCUUGCAACACAAAGGUUGAUCUUCAGUGUGAAUGUGGAAGAAGAAAGGAGAGUAUGAUUUGCUCAGAAGCAUCUAGUACAUAUCAAAGAAUAGCUGCUAUAUCCAUAGCCACUAAACUAACAGACCUGCAACUUGGAGACUCAGUGGAAAUCAGUAGGCUGAUUACCAAAAAGGAAAUGAAGCAAACAAGGUUGCAGUGUAAUGAAGAGUGUUUCGCCUUUGAAAGGAACAGACGCUUUGCUGAAGCUCUCCAUAUCCGUGAUAAUUCUGACCCUUUUAAUAUCCGUUCUUCAGGAUCAAAGUACAGUGAUAAUUUAAAAGAAGAUGCAAGGAAAGAUUUAAAGUUUGUCAGUGAUAUUGAGAAGGAAAUGAGAACACUCGUGGAAGCUGUAAAUAAGGGCAAGCAUUCAAAAAAGAGUCACUGUUAUCCACCCAUGAACAGAGAUCACCGCAGAAUCAUCCAUGAGUUAGCUCAAAUUUAUGGCAUUGAGAGUGUGAGCUAUGACAAUGAACCAAAGCGUAAUGUUGUUAUCACUGCAGUGAAAGGUAAAUCCAUUUGUCCAAGUAAUACCCUAACAUCUGUCCUAGAGAGGGAAAUGCAGACAAGGCCUCCACCACCUAUUCCUCACUACAGACAAACAGAUAAGAAUAAUGGAAACAAUGGCUUGCCGAAAACAUUAAAAGUGGAGCCAGUGAUUGACUAUGAUGUCCAAGACUGAAAUAGUUAACCUUAAAUUAUUAUUUAGAAAAAUGGAGGUGAAGAUACAUAUCUAUCAUGCAAGUUGCUUUGUGGCUAAUUAAAUGAUUAACUAUUCAAUAUAUUCAAAGUUUAAAAUAGUAAAAAAGCACUAGCGAGUUAAGUAUAUGAGAAAGUGUAUGAGAAACAUAGCAUUGUCUAGAAAUUAACUAAAAAUGAAACUGAUAUUUUAAAUUUGACUGCAAAUUUUCAGCUGCUCUGACUAUUUUUACGUAAAUUGCAGGUGCAGGUAUUUUUCACCUCAGGCUGGUACAUUUUUCUUCUCUGUUUGUUUGGAAUCAGAGUAUCUUUAAUGAAGUGAAACUGCCUAUCCAUUAAUUUGUAGCUGAAAAAACUGGUUCUUAAACUGAUUCUAUUGGGGUAGUGAUAUUAGUAGCACACAUUCCAAAGAUUUAUACUGAGGGAUCCAACUGUACUGUUAAAAAUUAACAAAUCACAAAUUGCUAUAAUAUAAUCCUAAUGGAUAUAUUUUCAAAGAGUUUUCAUGUGAUUUUAAUCAUUCCAUUUCUACUGCAAACAUAUCAAAUUUGGGAAUGAAGUGUCUGAGUUAUUCCCACAUGGAAUAAAACUAAAAAUUUAGCUCAACUCUACAAUAUGUUACAUAUUCCCAGUGCUUAGGCACAAUGACACCUGCUAAAGAGGAGUACAUCUCAUGUUCACUAGCAUUUGAGGAUUUGGGUACUUUCCAGUUCUUGUUCUUGAGGUGGAGGAGGGAAAAUGCCAUUUGUUUGUUUGUGAGUUUUUAAUUACGCAUAAGAAUAAUGGUUUAGUUUUCUUUGUCUUUUAUUUAGUUCGUAUAUUUAAACCAAAUAGAAGUAUUAAAUUAAAAAUGAAAAAAUUUAAUUCAAACGCUUGAACAGUAAGAACUCCACGUAUGGCUUUGAUGUUCCAUAGAGAUUGAAUAAUGUGUCUAGGAUUGUCAAACUGAUGACUUCAGUAGUUAAACUUUUCCUCUGUACAAGCUUAGAGCAGUAGGUUUGUAUUGGAAUAUGGGUUGAGAUUGCAGCAAUUCUUGAAAACUUUAUAAGAAAGUCUGGUAUGGUAAAUCCCGCUCAAUUAAAACAGCCCUUUAAUGAUCACAUUACAUUUUAAAUAUAUUAUACUUUACACAAUUGAGUAGCCAACACAGUCUCCUAGAUUUCAAAUUGUUUCACAUUAAUGGUUGUCCUCAUGAGGGAGGAGAGACCCAGAUCUUUAGCUGGUGUAAAUUGUCUUAGCUCCAUUGACUUCACUUGAGCUACAACAGUUUACCCAAGUUGAGGAUCUGGCCCCUUAUGCUAAUAAGCUCCUUACUCCUCACACUAUGCUGUCUGUCUCACCCCUCCUGACGGCACACAGCCCUAGAUGUUGUUCCUUUGUGCAGCUCUUUGCGCUCAGGAGCAGCUUCUUUCUGGAUGUCCCAGAGAGUUUAUGGAAUGUUUGAGGGCCAUUAGCCACAGAGGUUCAUUUUGGGGUGGAUAUGUAUCAUAACAUGUUGACUUAAAAUAAUUGUAGUAUUCUACAUUGUCAAGAUGUUAUGGGUUUUAUGGUUUUCUGUUGAUGCAUGUGUAUAAAACUUACUUUCAUUUAGGAAAUGACAACACAGUGUAAUAUGUUUCUAAUUAAAUGUUUGAGAUACAUUUUCUCCAUUUAAAAGAACACUGUCAAGGAAUGUUGAUCUUUUUCGUGUGUGAGAGUCUUCAUACAAUGAGUUUCACAUACAAUGAAAAUAAUUUUCU